AUGAGGGCGACGACAGAAACCGCCUUCAGUUUGCAUAAUGAUUGCGAAGCGUCUGAUACACGGAAGCGGCCAAGAUCCUCCGAGAGCAAUGAUGACGCUCCAUCCACAAAGUUCAUAGGGGUGGUGCCGCAGCCAAAUGGGAAUUGGGGCGCGCAAAUAUAUGCCAAUCAACAGAGGAUAUGGCUCGGUACGUUUCGGACCGAGAGGGAAGCGGCCAUGGCUUAUGACAGCGCUUCGAUCAAACUUAGAAGAGGGGACUCGCAGAGGAAUCUCCCGUGGACCGACCUUUUGAGGCACGAACAUGAGUUCCAAGAUAAUCUCGCUGCGGAAGUAGUGUUGGACAUGAUUAGGGCCGGGACGUAUCGGUCGAGAUUGAUGGAAUUUCUUAGGAAGCAGUCAGGAAAUGAGGAAACAGCGGAAGUAGUCAUCAACCCGAAGUUAAGAUCGAUGCCAACCGGCGGACAAUACUUGUGGAGGCAACUUUUUCAGAAGGAAUUAACGCCAAGCGAUGUAGGGAAACUUAAUAGGCUCGUCAUCCCCAAGAAGUAUGCCAUUAAAUAUUUCCCUUGCAUUAACGAAAACACCGAAGGAAAUGCAUUGCUUCAUGGAGGGACUAACGAUGUUCAGAUAGUUUUCUACGACAAGCUCAUGAAGCUAUGGAAAUUCCGGUAUUGCUAUUGGAAGAGUAGCCAAAGUUUCGUAUUUACGCGGGGUUGGAACUGGUUCGUGAAGGAAAAAGAGUUGAAGGCAAAGGACAUCAUCGUAUUUUAUUCGUAUGACUGCAAUGAAAUGUAUGAAAACGGCAAUACUUUUGGUCUAAUCGAUGUACAAUAUAAUCGUCGUCACGGUCGUCAUGAUAACAAAGGGAUCAACGAUCUGAAUGAAGUUGGUAUGGGGGUAGAAUUGCCAUUGAAUUUGGGAAAAAGUUGCAGAUACACGAAAGCUGAGCAUGAGGAAGAACUUGAGAAGGAGACAGCAAAGAAGUUGGAGGGUAGUAGUUUUAGGUUAUUUGGUGUGCAACUGAUUCAAGACGUGGAAAACAAAAAGUAAACGAGCAAAUUGUACUUAAAGAUUAACAUCUAAGAUCAAUUUGGAGGAUUUAA